AUGGCAUGUCAGAGAUCUUCUGUAGGCGUAGGUGCUUUAGAUGGGAAACUGUAUGCUGUUGGCGGAUAUGAUGGGACAGUACGUCGUUGUCUUUCAACUGUGGAAUGUUACGACCCAGUUGAUAAUUCUUGGCGCAUGGUGUCGGAAAUGACUUGCAGACGAAGUGGACCGGCAGUUUGUGAAUUAAACAACCGCCUUUAUGCUGUUGGCGGUCAUGAUGGGCCAACCGUUCAGAGUUCAGCUGAAGUUUAUUCACCUGAAACAGGAACCUGGCAGCGUAUAGCUGAUUUGAAUGGGAAACGUAGAAAUGCAGGUCUGGUUGCACACGAUGGAUUUCUAUAUGUGAUCGGUGGUGAAGAUGGAGAGAAUAAUUUGACCAGUAUAGAAAAGUAUGAUCCUGCUACAAAUACAUGGGCUUUACUCUCGAAUCAUUUAAGAAUCGGUCGAAGUUAUGCUGGUGUUGCAGUUAUUGAACGUAGUGUUAUCUAA